AUGGCGGACGACGGGAUAACGGACGGGAAACGGCAGGACGAACCGGAGGAAGCAGGAGCAACAGGCGGGCCGAGUGGCCUUGAGCGGCAGAAAGGACCCCGUUCAAGCGGACGGCCUCCCACCGUUCGGGAUCUGCAGCUGGCACUGGCUGGAUUAUAUGAAGAUGAAAUUAAAAGACAACCACCACAUUCAGGCAGACCAACAGCUAGAGUUGCCAGUCAUCCCCGAUUACCAGUUCAAAGAUUUUACUCAGGUGAUACAGAAUACAGAAUUGUUGAGUCAUCUGGCAAUAUGACCUCUAGUAAAAUAGUUGAUGAACUUUUCAAAGAAGCAAGAGAACAUGGGGCAGUUCCUUUAGAUGAAGUAUCAAGAGCUUCAGGGGACUGCCAUAAAGCUAAAUCAUUUUCUGGAGGUGGAUACAGAUUGGGAGACUCUACUCGGAAGCAUUCUGAAUAUAUACAUGGAGAAAAUCAGUAUGGUCAAGAUGUUGAGAUCUUGCUUAAAUUGUGGAGGAAUGGCUUCAGCUUAGAUGAUGGAGAGCUGAGAUCCUACACAGAUCCAGUCAAUGCUCAGUUUCUUGAAUCUGUUAAAAGAGGAGAGAUUCCUGCUGAACUUCAACGACUAGUGCAUGGAGGUCAAGUUAAUUUAGAUAUGGAAGACCAUCAAGAGCAGGAAUAUGUAAGACCUAGACUGAAGUUCAAAGCUUUCAGUGGAGAAGGUCAGAAACUUGGAAGCCUUACUCCUGAGAUUGUUAGCACACCUUCAUCUCCAGAAGAAGAAAACAAACCUUUUCUUGAUGCCACUAUUCCAAUAGAUGCCACUGUACCAACAACUAAGAUCCAGAUUCGUUUAGCUGAUGGCAGUCGUUUAAUACAAAGAUUUAAUCAAACACAUAGGAUUACAGAUAUACGAAAUUUUAUUGUCCAGUCUCGGCCUUUGUUUGCCACAACUGACUUUGUUCUUUUGACUACAUUUCCACAUAAAGAACUUACAGAUGAAAGCCUGACAUUACAAGAAUCCGAUAUAUUGAAUACUGUGAUAUUACAACAGCUGAAAUAAACUUUAAACCUAUCAGUGCAAGGUAGAUUCUGGAAUAGAUAAUGUUGCAUGUUGAUUUG